CUUUCUUUGUCCUUUGAUUUCUUCUAUUUGUUUUACCAAGAUUUUCUUGUGUUUGCAUUUCCUGAUUUUAUUGUCGAUAGAUUCUAUUCUAUCAUUAUGCUGUAAUUUAAGGUAUCCAAAUGCUUCCCUUUUAUGUGCCAUAGUGAGUGUUGCCCUUGAAAUUUCCUCAGACGCUCGAUUGGUUUCAGUUUUUAAUUCCAGCUUGUUUUCUCUGAUUUUGGUUCAAUUUGUGAUAGAUUUGGGGUUCAAUUUUGACUGGGUUAGGGUUUCUCUAAAAAGAGUAGUUAGCUGAUUACAUUAGUUUGUAAUUAGUUACUCGUGUAAGUAAUUAGUUAGAGCUGUUGUAACAGCUUGUACAGGUGGCUUUAUCUAUUGUAUAGAUUAGUUAGGUGUUAAAUACUCUUCUGUACGCUUUUCUCAAUUAGUGAAUAAGAAUCAUAAUUUCCUUUAUUCUCUCUCAGAUAAAGGGUUAGGGUAUCCAUGUGUGGUCAGAUUUGUUCCGUUGGGUACUUGUUCAUUUUGGUACUUCUGAAAUAUUUUUUCUGGAUUUUUCUUGGAAAGAGGACUUUGUUCUUGGUCUAUUAAUUGUGUAUAUGUUUAUUACUCUAUUGUCUAAUAUACUGCAUUAGCAUGUUACUGAUACUGAGAUUUUGUACCUAUGUCGAUUUCUUUGAGUUCAUUCAUUUUGUAUUUCUUCGAAGUAUUAUUUACUAUUUUCUUUUUGCCAAAAAAGUAUUAUUUUCUAUUGGAUUAAAGCCUGUGGAAUGCAUGAUUGUCAAUUGGGCAGCAACAGCGCCAGGUGAGCUCAAUUUAUGGCAGAUAUGGAAAAUCAGGGCGUUGGGUUUUUCUCCAUUUGAAUGAAAAACUUUGCUUUCAUGUGUUUGAAAUGGGUCUCUCUGUUUGAUUAACUUUUGGGGUUCAAGAGAAUUUGUUUCUGAGGUUUGUCAAACCAAUGGAAAAAGCCAUGUGUUUUUGCAAAAGACAAGAAAUUUAGCGUCACUAGUUUCAUCUGCUUUUAACCAAGGUCAAUUUAGCUUUGUGAGCCCACAGUGCAAAACACUAUUCAUCUUUAUUUUCCCACGGGUUUUCCGAUGCUCUUCAGUUUGUUGGGUAGCAAAAUCCUGCUAAAGUUGUGUGCUUGAUUAUGCUUUUGUUGAGAUCUGAUUUGUUGGUUUAGCAGCAAGUUGGAAUUGUUGUGCUUUCUAUUUUCGAAACAAGAAAGGCAGAAUAUAUAGCAGAUGAGUUAUUAUGUAAAAAGAAUUCUUUGUAAAGCAACUCUGUGAAGCAUUGUGUGGCUUCUUGAGUAACCACACCAAUUUGUCACAACCAGACAUGAUUUGAUCUUCAGAGAUGGAAUAAUCAAAACUCUCUAGUUUGUGCUUGUUAGUGUUGCCUUGCACUCUCUUAGUCUGUUAUCAUAGACAUGAUAAGACCUCAUUUUCAUUUUCAUUUACUUUAAGUUUUGAUCUUGGUUUUCAUGUCUGUUUCUCCAAAGUCACCUUUAUUACUGCUCCAUCUUAUCUUGGUGGAGAUUUCCACCUUAGCUAAAAGUGAUUUGGGAGAGAGGUGAUGGGGUGUGGAGGAGCUUUCCGGGUUAAGUUAGAUCAUGCCGCGCUGACAUCUAAGCUGGUCUUGCUCCGGCUCAGCUUAGAUGCUGUUGCGUGAAGUUUCCCAUAUCUGUCUAACAAUGUGCAAAUCUGAAUGCAAUGUCUGAAUUUUGAAGCUUUGCUCAACAUAUUCAAUGACUCUUGUUAAACUGUUGAAUGAUUAUGCUCUCUAGUCUCUUGAAUUAUUUCUAGCUUGCAGCAAAUUGUUUUGCUUUAUAUUUAAACAUGGUGCAGUUCAUUGUGGCAGCUGUUUUGUUUUGUUUGUGUUAUAAGUGGACGGGAAAGUCAUAUUUGUUUACUCUGUAUUGUUUCUGUUUAUAUUUGAUGGUUGUGGCACAUGACAUUUCCAUCAAUUAAUUUGUUUGAAAUGUUUUGUUAGGGAUGUGAUUGAGUUGCUAGCAAAUGAUAAGACAAAAUUUCACUUGAAAAGAAGAAGGCUUUUAUCAUGAAGUUCAUGAAAAAAGAUUAGAAAACUAAUUUCAAGCCAAGUUCAGUUCCAAUUAUGUAUUAUUAAUUAUACUUUUUAGGGUUCUGAUACGAUACGGCCCCAAUACGUAUCCGAUAUGCCACGUGGCAUAUCAUAGACUUUUCUGGGCUGUUGACUUUACGAUACAGCUCCGAUAACCCAUCGAUACGGUCACGAUACGUCAAGGGGUAAAAGUGAAAAUAUUUUGAAAAUUUGGGGGUGAUUUUGAAAGUUAUUGAAUAUUUGGGGUUAAAAUGUAAACUUAAAACUUAGAAUUUUAAAGACCCUGCCUCUGUCGAGAGGCUAGUUCUUUUGGGCGAUUUAGAUGGUAAUCAAAAAAGAAAAAGAAGAAGGAAGAAGGAAGAAGGAAGAAGGAAGAAGGAAGAGAACCCACCAGCAAUCGCCGUCACACCCGUCGCCGUCGCCAUCUCAGAUUCAUUUGGUUGGGUGGGUUUCUUACGCAGCUCAAGCUGCAGGCAUCUAUUAUUCAGGACAGAGCUGCAAUCUUCAUUCCCCUGUUAUUUGGAUGCUCUGAUUGAGAGUGGUAGAGAGUGAUUCUGCAGCCAUGUCUGUGACCAAGACUCGGACAAGUAGCUUCUCCCGCAACUUUGCAUCUGUAAACUCAUCUCAAAUACCCGGACUCAAGCAUGGCCCUAAUGGCACAAUGUUUAUUUCAUCUGGGAUACCAGACCUUGAUAAGAUUUUAGGUGGUGGGUUUUCUCUAGGAAGCCUAGUCAUGGUGAUGGAAGAUGCGGAAGCACCUCAUCAUAUGCUUUUGCUUAGGAAUUUUAUGUCUCAAGGACUCGUUCACAAUCAACCCCUUCUCUAUGCAAGCCCAUCUAAGGACCCAAGACAAUUUCUUGGUACUUUGCCUAGUCCAGCGGUACCCAAAGAUGAUAAGUCUAGUCAUCGAGAUCCUGACCAGGAGAAAGGAUUGAGGAUAGCUUGGCAAUAUAAGAAGUAUUUUGGUGAAAAUCAGCACAGUUUUGAUAGUCAAGGUGGAAAACAUGAGUUCUGCAAUGAAUUUGACUUGCGGAAGCCCUUGGAGAGGCAAUUUCUAAGUGGCAAGCGUAUAGAUUGCAUUAGCAUUCAAGAUUCUCCAAAUCUUGUUACCCUUAAUGACUGUUGUGCCACAUUUUUAUCUCAAUUUCCAAGAAGUGAUGGAAGCAUUUCUUCUGUUGGUCGUAUUGCCAUUCAAUCGUUUUGUGCUCCACAGUGUGAAUUUUCCAACAUGGAAUGGGACAUGCUUUCCUUUGUUAGAUCUCUAAAAGGCAUGGUUAGAUCUUCAAAUGCAGUUGCUUUUGUGACAUUUCCACCUAAUCUUCUUUCGCCAUCCUCCUGUAAAAGAUGGCAGCACAUGGCGGACACCUUGCUGUCGGUCAAAGCAAUUCCAGACGAGGACAAGGAAUUGGAAAAACUCCUUACUGGUUACCAGGACAUGGUUGGCCUUCUGAAUGUGCAGAAAGUAGCACGUCUUAAUACACAGGUUCCUGUGAUUCUUGAGGCAACAACCUUGUCAAUAAAGUUGAAAAAGCGGAGGUUUAUGGUUUUAGAAUGCCUAAACCAAGCCCCUAUUGAUGGCUCAAGCGGGAGUUCAUAUGGCACUACCGGUAGUUGUUCUGUGUCCUCUAAAAGUGGGACGCUUGAUUUUUAGCUCCCAACUUCAUAUUCAUUUUAGAAAUGUCAUUGAUAAGAAAUUCAGUUUGUUACGGUAAAAUAUAAGAAUCAGCCAUCAACCAUGAUUGCAAAAAACUCCUAAGAGCCAGGAGUUUCAUGCAGGGCUGCUCUUGUGUGUUCUCAGCAAUUUAGGCCUUUUUUAAAAAAAAUAAAAUAAAUUAAAUCCUUCUUUCUUUUUUAA